AUGGAUUCAAGCCGUUUAUUAUUCAGCAUAAUAUGUCUAAUAUAUCUCAGUACUUCAUUAGGACUAGAUUUUAGUGAACACUGUCGCUUAGAACUUCAAAGAGGCAGAGAUGUUCUGGUUAGUUAUGCAGAUCAAAUGGUUCACGAAGAACAUUUGAAAAUGAGGAACAGAUUAGAUGAUAGCAGAAAUAAAAUUCGGCUUCUUGUUUCCCAAAACACUCCACUCAGUUUGGACGAUGAACCUACACAUGAGCCAUGUCCAACACCUAAUAGCACCAUGUUCACAACAACAUCCGCUCCUUCGACAACUGAAUCCUACAACACUGGUUCCACCGAUAUUUCAGAUUCGACUGAUUUUUCAGACUCGACUGAUUUUACUCAAUCUUCCGAUUCGUCAAGUGCAUCUGAUAAUACAGAAAGCUCAACAAAUCCUCAACCAAUGACCAGCUCAAAGCCAGUCAUAACUAAUGCUCCCAGAGCCAAUAUCGAAAAAUCUGCAGAAGACAACUUCGAAGAUGCGCUGUUCGUUUCUAGCCCACUAUAUACGAAAGUCGAGACUGAUUUAGUGGCAAACUAUCAUGAUAGCAUGCAUAUGUAUUUAUCAUCGCCGGAGGAAGUAUGUAAUGGUCCUCAAAUGAAAGAUUUGAAUUCUAUCACAGAGCAUCAGCUUUUCGGGUUUGUGGCCACAGUCGCAUCAAGACAGCCAGGUCCAUUCUGCGCUUUCUGUAAUAGCCUGAUGACAGAAGUUCAGGAACGCUUGUUCACUCCUAGUUUUCUCCUCAUGAGCGAAGAAGAGCAGAUGCUGCGAAGGGCUUUGUAUUCUCAAAUCCCGUCACCAAAAGCUAUAUGUUCUAUGAUUGCCCCUGGUUGCUACGAAAACUACGAGAACAAAGCUCUGAACAUAACUGCCGGACUGGAGUGCGCAAAAUGCUCAGGUUGCAUGACUGUUACAAAUCUUAUACAGCACCGUUUUUUGUUACAACCGAAAGCAGUCGAAAGUUUCCUUGACUUCCUAAAAUCGUCACUGUUCCAUAAUAUAUGCGCCGAAUUGUGUCAAGACCUAGGAUAUCCCAAUAAUUAUACUCUAUUUCCUCAUGGUUUCACAUACUCUGGAUGUGUAAAUUGGUUCUCUAAUCAAUACCAUGGAUUUAUGAGAUUCGUUACAGUUGUAACCCGCCCCGAGAGAUUAUGUAGCUUGGAACUAGGAUGGUGUGAACUAAAUGAAGUUCCCAACAUGUUACAUUGUUUACAUGAGUUGUGUGACGAAGUAUUCGGAAAUAUUCCUCAAACAAAGUAUCUGUGUUCCCAAAUACCAGACGAACCAGAAGCAGCAGAUCAGUUUUUAAAUAUACAAAGCAGCAAAGUAGCAUCAAGGAGGAAAUCCAUCCAGGAGAAGUUGAGACAAAGAGAAAAAUCCGAGACAAAUUGA